AUGGCCGCAAGCAACACCUCGGAGCUUGCAAUCCUUGACACCUCUCGACUGGUUGCCAUCGCAAAGGUCGAUUCCGCCAUGACAAGCCCUAACUUUGACGGCUUUGAUCCCGAAUUUGACAACUUUGAUGUUGUUUGUCAGAAAGAAGCGAUUGGGUCAUCAGCCCGAGCAAUGCGAGCCAUACUCAACCAACUUCGCGCUAGGCCUGGCCUAGUGACUACGUACGCGAAGUUCACCAACGUACCACCAGAGAUCGCAGAGCUGAAGCUCUCAAAGGGUUGCCGACAACUGUACGACGCAGGAAAUCGGUAUUUACUUAUUACAGUACCAGGGGUACCUCACGAGCGUGCCGUCGGGCAAUUUCAGACUUUUUUGACCCUUUCUCUUGAGGCGGCUGGAAUAGUGUUACUUGUUGUUAAUGGAGUAUCAGGAAGGGUUGAAGGUACACAAUCCUCUAAAGAGCCAGACGGAUCAUGGUUCCCAAAGUCUAUUCCCCCCGGUCGGAGCCGAACUUGGCCAUCGGUUGUCCUCGAAGUUGGAGUAUCAGAAUCGAGAAAAAAAUUACGAGCGGACGCUACCUGGUGGCUAGCCAACUCUCAGGGCGAAGUCAACAUAGUGAUUCUCAUCUCGAUUAAUCGCACUAUCGCCGAGGUCAUAUUCGAAUCCGUGGUGCUCGAGCAGCCGCCUAUAUACAUGCGCAACGGUCGACGCCAAUACCGGCCACAUACUCGGCAGUCGAUCAAAGUCACCCGGCUACCAGGUGGCGCCGGUCAACCUGUCACUACAGUCCCAAGUACGUCGCCUUUAACGAUCACGAUUGAGGAGAUAAUGUGUCGUCCACCGAAUCCAACUGAGGCAAAUCCGGUGAUCCCGAUUUCACUCCUCGAGGCAAUCGCGGGUGAUAUAUGGGAUGCUCAGGGGCUUUGA